AACUCAAACUCGAUUAUUAUUAUUAACUAGGAAAAAUAUUUGAAGUCCGUAGUUCCCUCUCUCAAAUCCCUAAUUCAUUUUUCUUUUCUGUUGAAUCAAUGGAUGAAAUCCCUAAUUUCGAACUCCAUCCUGUCCUUCAUUUACAAAAUCCCUACUUUAAUUAUCUUCAAUAAUGCUUACUGUAAUCCCCUGAAGCCAUUUCUUACUUGAAUUCAUUGAACUACAGAGGCUGUUUCCGUUGAACAGAGUCAAUUGAGGCUUUCGAGCGUUUGGAUUCAAUUUUGAAGAUUUUGGGUGCAUUUGGAUCUGUCUGAGCUUGAGUUUUGAAGAAUUCGUGCUCAAAUUGUUGAGCUUUCUCAGAGAGCUUCUAAAGGUUCAAAUUCUUUGAAGACAUUUUUACGCCGCCGUCAAAUUCACUCUAUUUGAAGCUGUUUUGAUAUAUCCUUGCUUGGAAUUCGAAAUUUUGUUGGCAAAUUAUAGGUUUUUGCUGCUCUUGUUUUGGAGCAUUUCGUCGAAUUUUAAUGCUUAUGAGUAUUUUAGGGCGUCAAGAAGUUGAAAUGAACGACCAGGUUUCGCAUGCUAGCGGUUUAUGUUUUCAUGAAUCCGAGUUCAGUGGCUUAUUUAAUGCAUCUGGAAUAGUGGAUGCGUGGAACGGAAUUAAACUAACAGUGUAACAGGAUAUUGGGGGUGCUCUAGUAUUAUUAAGUUUGAGUUUGAGCAGAAGUUCUUGAAUUGUUUUGUUUGAUUGUUAUCAGGUUUUAGUAUGUCAUGUUUCUGAAGCAGGUAAUUGGGUUCUAUGAUUGCUGAACUGGUUUGAAGUUAUUUCUUUGGGUUAAGUGAGGAAUGGAAUACGAGCUUUCUGAUAGCAGUGGAACGGAUGAUGAUCUUCCGCCAUCACAUCAGAAUAGAUUUCAAAGAGGGAUGCAUCCUACUGGGAAUACAAGAUUAGCUACGGGAUCUGUUCCAUUAUUGAGGAAGCAUACAGAUAUGGAAACACAGAUCCACGAUAUAGAACAAGAUGCAUACAGUUCUGUCCUGCGAGCCUUCAAGGCUCAAUCUGAUGCCAUCACUUGGGAAAAAGAAAGUUUAAUUACAGAACUCAGGAAAGAGCUCAGAGUAUCAGAUGAGGAACAUCGGGUGCUUCUAUCCAAUGUUAAUGCUGAUGACAUCAUCAGACAAAUAAGGGAAUGGAGGAAGUCACGUGGGCUCCAACCUGGCAUGCUCAGCACUGCUCAGCCUAUUCACGAACCAGUUCCCAGUCCUGCUGUUUCUGCGUCACGCAAGAAACAGAAAAACUCACAAUUAGCGUCUUCCUUUUCAAUGGGAGCACCAUCUGCUGCGUUGCAUCCAUCUGUGGAGCCAUCUUCAGCAGCUCUUGGACGAGAUCUUCAUCCGGGAGAAAGGAAUAAGAAGCCCAAAUCACACCCUCUCUCCGGUGUCACUGGAAGGACUCAAGUUCUUAAUCGCAGUUCUUCAGGUGCUUUUGUCAGAGGUGAACCUCCUGAGACAGCAAAUUAUGAUCCAUUAAUUGGAAAGAAAGUUUGGACGAGGUGGCCUGAAGAUAACCACUUCUAUGAGGCUGUCAUUACUGACUACAAUCCUGUCGAGGGGCUGCAUGCUUUGGUUUAUGACAUUAAUACUGCCGGUGAAACAUGGGAGUGGGUCAAUCUCAAAGAGAUAUCUCCUGAAGAUAUUAGGUGGGAGAGUGAAGAUCCUGCAAUUUCUCGAAGAGGUAGCCGCCCUGGACCAGGUCGUGGGAUUAAGAAGUCCACUGGACGGGGUGCUGCAGUCACUGGUGCAGGAAGAGGUAGGGGUACCAUGAAGGGUCGGUCCAAGAAAGAGUUCCCUUUAUCACAAAAUGGUAUUGGGAAGAAGGCAUCUGGUGAUAUUGAGAUACUUCACACAGAUGCUGUGAUUAAGGAGGUUGAGAAAGCUUUUGAUGCUAGCCAUCCCGAUCCAAUGGAGAUUGAGAAAGCAAAGAAAUUGCUGAAAGAGCAGGAACAAGCUCUUGUUGACGCAAUUGCUAGGCUUGAAGAUGCAUCUGAUGGUGAAAGUGCAGAUGGAGAACAACCAUUUCCAGGACACUCAAUGGACCAAGAACAAGGUUGGACAAAACAGCCGUCUAAUCAGGAGGGCGAAGGUAGGCUACUUGAAGGCGCAGUUGGCAAUAAAGUUGCAAGCGAUGAUCUGCAAGAGAAGAUUUUAUGAUGGUAGGCCUGUAUGAUUAGCAUUAGGCUUGUAUGAUUAGUAAUUUAACGAUGGCUCAUGCUCUAAUUCAGAGGAUUAGCUCCAUUCCAUGGUUUUAGGGAUUUAUGAUUUGUUUCAUAAUUAUCGAUACCGAUGAAACUCCAUCCCAGGCAACCUUUGCUUGUGUAAAUUAAUUUUCAUAGUAAACUAUUUUUAGCCAAA